GAGGCCCUGGGGACUUCUCCCUGUUCUGGCUAGAGAGGUCGGAAUUAAGUGAAGAGCAAAAUCCUCGGGACAUGGAGGAGGUGGUAAUCGUGAAGACAGAUUUGGCCCAAGUGCCCGAGAAAGGAGCUCUGUCUUCCCAGGAUUUUCCCCUUUCCCAAGAGAAGAGCACAGAAGAGGGAGGAGUGGCAACCCUGCGCCUCACAGCCAGAUCCCAGGAAACAGUGACAUUCAAGGAUGUGGCCAUGGACUUUACACCAGAGGAGUGGGGGAAGCUGGAUCCUACACAAAGGGACGUGAUGCUGGAGAACUACAGAAACCUGGUCUCACUUUGGCUUCCUGUUUCCAAAUCUGAGAACUACAAUUUGGAUAAUGGAAAAGAACCACUGAAGCUUGAGAGAAUAGUGCCCAAAUGCAGCUAUUCAGAACUGGCUUUUGUUGAGCACAGAAAACAAAGAAAAUUUGCAUUUCCAAUGUAUUUCAGACAUGGAGAGUAGACCUGAGAGCAAGAAUUCAACUUCAGAGCAAGAUUUUUCCAAAGAAGGUUGCAGCAAAAGACAUCAGGUUGCAGCAAUAGACAGACUGACAAGGAAUGGUGUCUAUGAUUCUAACUUGGAAACAGCCCUUGAAUGUGAAAAUUGGCUAGAGAGUCAGCAAGGAAAUCGGGAGAGGCACUUGAGAGAAAUGUUCACCCACAAUAAUGAGCUCCCCAAGGAAAGAGAUCAUGAACAUGAUGUAUUUUGGAAAAAUUUCAAUCAGAAAUCUCUCCUUUUGACUCAAGACAGAGUUUCCAAAGGGUCCUAUGCUUUUCAUACACUUGGAAAAAGACUGAAGCAGAAAUCAGACUUAAUGAAAAAGCAGAGAACCUAUAAAGAAAAAAAACCUCAUAAAUGUGAUGAUUGUGGCGAACUCUUCACUUACCAUUCAGUGCUUAUUCGACACCAGAGAGUACAUACUGGAGAGAAACCUUAUACCUGCAAUGAAUGUGGGAAGUCUUUUAGCCACAGAGCCAAUUUAACUAAACACCAGAGAACUCAUACUAGAAUUCUCUUUGAGUGUAGUGAAUGCAAGAAAACCUUCACAGAAAGCUCAUCCCUUGCAAUACAUCAGAGAAUUCACAUUGGAGAAAGACCUUACGAAUGCAAAGAAUGUGGGAAAGGUUUUAACCGAAGCACACAUCUUGCACAGCAUCAAUUGAUUCAUAUUGGAGUGAAGCCUUAUGAAUGUAAUGAAUGUGAUAAAGCUUUCAUUCAUUCAUCAGCACUCAUUAAACAUCAAAGGACUCAUACUGGAGAGAAGCCCUAUAAAUGUCAAGAGUGUGGGAAAGCUUUUAGCCAUUGCUCAUCCCUUACUAAGCAUCAGAGAGUUCAUACUGGAGAAAAGCCAUAUGAGUGUAGUGAAUGUGGGAAAACAUUUAGUCAGAGCACACACCUUGUUCAGCAUCAGAGAAUCCAUACUGGAGAAAAACCAUAUGAAUGUAAUCAAUGUGGGAAAACCUUUAGCCGGAGCUCAAAUUUUGCUAAACAUCAAAGAAUUCAUAUUGGAAAGAAACCUUAUAAAUGUAGUGAAUGUGGAAAAGCCUUCAUUCAUUCAUCAGCUCUUAUUCAACACCAGAGAACUCAUACUGGAGAGAAACCCUUUAGAUGUAAUGAAUGUGGAAAAAGUUUUAAGUGCAGUUCAUCUCUCAUCAGACAUCAAAGAAUUCACACUGGAGAACAACCCUGAAAAAUUAUUGAAUGUGACAAACUGUAAGUUGGAUUUAUCACUGUGUCAAAUACUUGAAUGUUUAGGUGGAAAUCCAUAAUAUCCUGAGGAGCAUUUCUACAUGCAUCUAAUCUCACUUGCUUAAUAGAUAAUUUUGAACCAUAGAAAGAAUGUUCCUAGUGCAUUGAUAUGGUAAUUAUGAAGUCUUCUAGCCAGAUAUCUCAAAAGUUUUAUCCUCAACCUUCUAAAUACCCACUUGUGGAAAUUUAAGAAAUUUCUGUGAGAGGAUGCUUGUAUAGGUAUUGUGAAAUCCAUUUCCUCCCAUUCUUGGUCAUAACACAGCCUUGAUGCAGCCUCCACUUUGUAAGGAAAUUCUUAGUUUGAAGGCUAGGCUGAGUGCUCAUGUCCUUAUCAUCAGAAAGACACAGAGUUGUUACUCUGAGUCCAGGUAGACACCUAUAUCAUUUCCCUAGGAAAUAUCAUUUCCCGUGUUAGCCAUAGAAACUCUAAUCACCAAAGGAGUUGAAAGUUGCUUUGGAUCCACCCACUCACAAAGGCUGCUGUCUGAUUCGAUAAGCAAACCUAAAAUGUUACAGCAUAUUGUAGGUUAUGUUCACAUGGAUUGGGUUGGUCAUAGAUUUAGAUAGUUGUUAUCAUCCUGUUGUGGAGAUUCAUUUUCCAGUUCCCUAAUAUUUACCCUGAAGUACAGGAUGGGUCAAAAUUUUAGCAAUAGUUAUUGGUCAGGUCCUUUUUUUAUCUUGUGCCUGACAUUAACUGAAUCCUUGAUUUUUCUACAAUGAAACUAUCAGGAAAACUUCAUUUCUCUUUGUCACAUUUAGAACAAGCCCUAAGGAUAUUGAGAGUCUGAAAAGUUAAUAGGUUCAAUGUGUUAUUUUAUUUAGCGUCACAUUUCAGAAGAGAACUGAAGCAACUGUGGGGACAUACCUUCUUGUCGUGUAUGGAAAAAGCUCACAGGAUAGUCCUCAAGUGAUUCACUUGGGGAUAAGCAGUGUCCCUUCUUGAAGAAAAAGUUGCCACUUCUCUGGGCUUCAUGUUUACCUACUUUUGUUUUGGCUCUUUUUCUCCAUAUGUCCGGUUGGUCUUUAUCCCAGACUUCUUAAGAAAGCAGUCAAGGCAUGAAAUCCCAGUGAUCUGUUAACUUAAAUUACAUGGGUGACCAAAGAUCAGUGGUGAGAUUGGAAACACAAAAGCAGGAGUUCAAAUAAAUUUUUAGAAAAAUACUAUACAAAUGUUAAUUUUUUUAUUCUCUUCCAUAUUACAUGUUAUGAAAAGAAAGCUAUACAAAAUGAUAGAAAAAAAAGAAAAAAUAAUUAUCACAGACUUCUUCCUUUUUGUCUCCUGAUUCUUAUCCUUUAGUUUAUAUUCUUGGCUCCUCUACAUUAUCCUUGUUACUUCUUAUUACCACUUCUAAUUGCCACUUAGUAGAUCUUAACUUCUAUGAUUGAAGACAAUUAGGGGAAUAGAGUUUUUAAGAAGUUGUCGUAGGGAAGAGUGCUGUCAUAAAGAGUGAUUGGAGUAAGUUCAACAGAGAUGGAAAUAACAGAAAUUGAGGGUGAAAGGAUUCCUCACAGAGAUUUUAGAAUGAAUAGAGAAACACAUUGAAGAGGGUCAAGGUGGGUGGAAAGACUUAGGGGUAGAGGUCAAGUUAGGAGAAUGACUGACUUGAGACAAUAUAGGAAAAAGAACUCAACUCUUUGAUCACCUCAAUCUGUAUUAUUAGUGGAUGAGAGCAGGUACUGACAAACUAGGGCCUGAAAUCGUAGACCAAGUUUGGCCCACUGCCUGGUUUUAUAAAUUUUAUUGGAUCUCAGCCACCUGGUUAUUUACAUGCUGCUUUUGUAUACAACAGCAAAAUUGAGUAGCUGCUGCAGAGAUUGUGUCUUUGGGCUGCUAUAACCAAAUUUCAUAAACUGAGUAGCUUUUAAACAACAGAAAUUUAUGCCUUACAGCUUAAGUCCAUGGUGAGGGCAGCAGUAGGUCUGGUGAAGGGUUCAUAGAAGCUACCUUCUCUCUGUGUCCUCACAUGGUAGAAGGCAAGAACACUGGUCUCUUCAGCCUCUUCUAAACACACUGAUCCCUUUCAUAGGGCCCCUAAUCACCUCCCAAAUACCCCAUUUCUUAACACCAAAGCUUUGCUUCCUAGGUUGCCUAAUAAGAGUUUUGGAGGGAUACAUUUCUUUCAUAGCAGAUUGUAUGUCCCAAAAAGCCUAAAAUAUUUGCUACUUAAUACUUUACAGAAUAUGUUUGCUGGCCCCUGUGCUAAAGCAUCCUUGUCAAGAGGAGGGUUGAGGGAUUAAACUAUUCAGAAAUCAGGUGGAAUAGAAAAGUUGUAAUGAUGGUGACCUUGCUCGUCAGUAGAGACUAAAGCCAUUAUAGUUACCACGUAAGGCAGACUAUUAAGCAGAGUAUGGCUGAUGAACAUCCCCAGUGAGACUACCCAUGAGCCCAGUAGUACUCUCACUCUAGUCUAUUUUUAAAGUUACAGAAUAUUGAGAGAAGUGAGCUGGGGAGAAUAAGAGAUGAGAAAUGAUGCAUCAAAAUAGUCUUAACCUUAAGAUUUUACUAUAUAUUGUCAAGAAAAUUUUGCAAUUAUCAAAACUUCUUUUUAUUAUUCCAAAAGCUUGAAUGAAAAGAAACUCAUUUGGAGGCCAAAAUUCAACUAAUGAAAUAAGACCAGCAUGAGCUUUUCAAAGUUGAGUUUGCCUUUCCUACUUAGCAAUUAUGUGACCCACUACUUACUCUAAAUUUUCUGUGAAAUGACAACGCAUAUAAAGGAGCUUAGCAUACAAUAAGUAAUUAUAUAGACAGCCUUGAUCAUGUGUGCUCACAAGUGUGUGCUUUCUCUAUAUAUAUGUAAACAUGUAAUAAUAUUACAUAUUUUUAAAUAUAUAUACUUUUAAUGAAGUGGUUAGGCAUUGGACAGUACAGGUUCCUUAAGAAUGAGUGAUUUUUCUCCCAACUUUUGGUUACUGAUUUAGAGCUAUGACCAUCAUAGAGAAGGAGCUUCACUUUCUGUGUUUGCUUCUGUCUGGUGCUGUUCCUUAUAGUUUCCUUAAGACUUUGUGGAACCUGCUGGUUUUCCACGUGAAUAUCACUUAAGCAGGAGCUAGCAGAUGAUUCCAGAUAUUCUAAUUUGCAAGCUAAUUGCAGUUUUAUGUUAAGGGACUUGCUGUCAGCUAGUUUUACUGGGAACUCUGGUCCUUUGCACUUCAGUAUUUGUCCUUUUUAUGCCUGAUGUUCAACAUGACUACCUGUUUGUAUCCCAACAUGAAUCUUACAAGUUUUAAUGAUAUGCGUUUUAAAUGUUUUUGGUACCUUAUAAAUUGAAAUUGACUGUUCUUAUGGCCAUCUAU